CGAGGCGCCGCAGCGGCCGAGCCGCCGCGAGCGGGCCGCCCUAGACGGGGCCCGACGGGGACCAGUCGCCGCUGAGCUGCCGACGGCCGUGGAGCACCGCCAACGGGAAGGAGGGACGCCCCGGAGGCCGCGAGCUCAACUCGACGACGCACUCCCGGCCGCGCCAUGGAGCGACGGUGGGCCGUGCUGCUGCUCGUCGGCUUCCUUGUCGGGGCCGUCGCCCAGGAAGGCGUCGGCCCGCGUCACAACCUGUGGUCCCGCCCCGGCCCCCUCGCGGAGGAGCCGGCCGGGCAGCCCAUGUCCAGGGGGGAGCUGGUGCGGCGGCUCACGGACCCCGAGCACUACAACAAGCACGUCCGGCCGCUGGAGGGCGUGGCGCCCCUCAACGUGAGCGCGCGCACCUACAUCUACCUGGCGCAGAGCAGCGAGGGACGCCUGCACCUGGAGCUCAAGCUGACCAUGAGGCAGGAGCUCGGCUUCCUCGACCCCCGCCUGCGCUACGCCGAGCUGUCCCCGGGCACCUGGGAGCUGUCCGGCGACGCGGACCUCAUCCGUCUGCUGUGGACGCCGCACGUGUUCCUGGCCAACGAGCAGAGGUCCUCGCUGCUGGGCGCCGGCCCCGAGCACGACUCGCUCGUGCGGGUGCGUCCCGACGGAUACGUCACCUUUGCCAUCAGAUUCACCGUCAGCGUUGUCUGCACCAUGAAGGUCGGUCGCUUCCCCUUCGACCAGCAGGAGUGCCCGCUUCUGCUCGAGAGCUGGUUGGACGACGCGGAGGACCUGAGGCUGCACUGGGCCGGCACGUACGGCGACCGCCUGAUCCUGGACUCGUUCUCGCUGAUGGGCUGGACCACGGAUGAGAGGCUGCGCGCGAGGAUCAACAUCAGUGACCCCGUGGAGGAGUACCCGGAGCACUUCAGCAAUAAGUAUUCGAGCCUCAAGCUCACCUUCUCACUCUCCCGCGAGUACGGCUUCUUCCUCAUGGACUACUACCUUCCUAGCGUGCUGCUCGUCGUCAUCUCCUGGGUCACCUUCUGGAUCGACCCCGACGUGGUUCCCGCCCGUGUCCUGCUCGGCUCGAGCACGAUGCUGACGUUCAUCACCCUGGCGGUGCAGACGGACCGCUCUCUGCCCGUCUCGUACAACAAGGCGAGCGAGAUUUGGUUCGUGGGCUGCUGCACCUUCAUCUUCGGCUCUCUCGUCGAGUUCGCCUUUGUCAACACCAUUUGGCGCCACGGGCAGAGCGUGGACCUCAAGAAGGUGAGCACGAAGCACAUCCUGCGCUCCACUCUGGGGACGCCCAAGCCGCCGCGGCGCCGCCUGCUGCCCCAGGAGCGCUACGCGCGCCGCCGCACCUCCUCGCUGCCCGACCUCUUCAAGCCGCACGAGGCGGGCCAGGGCGGCGGGCUCGUCAGCGCCCUGGGACUCGAGCAGGCGCACCACUCGUACUACAACACCAUACACUCGGGCGCGCUACGUCCCUCCCCGCUGGCGUCCGUGUGCGAGUCGGCCGAGACGCUGUCCGUGGACGAAGACGACGACGAGGCCGCCGACACCGUGUCCGAGGGCGGGCGGCCGGCGGGCCGCGGGGGCGGGGUGACGUUCGACCGCGCGGCCACCCUGGCGGCCGAGGAGCACGACAAGCGGCCGCGGCUGCAGCCGCAGGUGGCGGGCACGCGGCGCCAGAGCCUGAGCGCCAGCCUGGCGAGCGGGCUGGCGCGCCGCGUGCAGGGCUUCAGCAGCAGCGGCUACGGCCGCCGCAUCUCCGUCGCGCUCACGCCCGCCUUCACGCGCAUGUCCGCCUCCGAGGUGGCGGACUGGAUCGACCGGCGGAGCCGCGUGUACUUCCCCCUCGCCUUCCUGGUCUUCAACGUCGCCUACUGGACGUUCGUCGUCUACUUGUGAAGGGGUUAAUGUGGAAGUAGGAUGAGUGGUUGCGAUAUGAGGUCUAGUCAAGGAUCUGAGGGAGGCGUGUAAUAUAUAAAAGUU